UACAAAGUUUUUACACAUACUAUGUGAUUCGUUAAACAGAUUAGUGUAUUGUAUAGUGCAACUUCGAAACCUGAAGAAUGGAAGUGUGAUUGGCAUUCACGUUUCUGUUAAGACAUUCCAACGUUGAAAACACUGCAAUAAAUUAUUCGGCUGAAUGAGUGGUACAAUGGAUAAUAAUGGUGUAGAUGACAAAUGCCAUGUCAGUACAUCAGGCGUCCCCGACACCCCCUCAGUAAUUUCUACCGAAAACACAUUUCUUUCACCAACAGCUAAGCAGACAUAUUUCAAGGAGAACAAAGUUCAAAUCCCUCACACAGAGAAGCAUGGGUUCAGUUUCCGGCUCUUGUGGGCUUUCACUGGACCUGGUUUCCUCAUGAGUAUUGCAUAUCUAGAUCCAGGAAACAUUGAAUCAGAUCUUCAGUCAGGCACUGUAGCACAGUACAAGCUGCUGUGGGUGUUACUGGCAGCUACCAUUCUUGGACUUGUGAUGCAGAGACUGGCAGCUCGCCUUGGGGUUGUAACUGGUCUUCAUUUGGCCGAGAUGUGCUACAGGCAGUAUCGCAAGGUCCCACGUAUUAUUCUCUGGUUAAUGGUUGAGAUUGCCAUCAUUGGUUCUGAUAUGCAAGAAGUUAUAGGAACAGCCAUAGCUAUUUUGCUUCUCUCCAAUAUGGCAAUUCCACUUUGGGGUGGUGUUCUCAUCACAGUCGUAGAUACAUUCACAUUACGCAAGCUUGAGUUACUUUUUGGCUUCCUCAUCCUAGUAAUGGCUGUCACAUUUGGUUAUGAAUAUGUGGUGGCAUCUCCCGAUCAAGGUCAGGUGCUAAAAGGCAUGUUCUUUCCGUGGUGUGAACACUGUGAAGGCUCAGUACUGCUGCAGGCUGUUGGCAUUGUUGGAGCUGUCAUCAUGCCUCACAAUCUUUAUCUCCAUUCAGCUUUGGUCAAGUCACGAGACAUAGACCGAACAAAGCCUGAGAAAGUCAGGGAGGCCAACUAUUACUUCUUUGUUGAAGGAUGUAUUGCUUUGUUUUGUUCAUUCAUCAUUAAUGUGUUUGUGGUUGCUGUGUUUGCAUAUGGACUGUUUGAGAAGACCAACGGUGAGGUGUAUAAAAUGUGUGUCGAUAACAAUUCUACAUUCACUUAUGUGUUUGAUACUCAUGAAGAAAAUGAACUUGUUGAUGCAGAUCUUUUCAAAGGUGGUGUUUUCUUGGGCUGUGCAUUUGGGGCAGCUGCCAUGUACAUCUGGGGUGUGGGCAUUCUGGCAGCAGGUCAGUCAAGCACAAUGACUGGUACAUAUUCAGGACAAUUUGCGAUGGAGGGCUUCUUAAAUCUGCAGUGGUCAAGAUGGAAGCGUGUACUGUUCACCCGUACAAUUGCUAUUGUGCCAACAUUUUUUGUGGCCUUCUACUUGGACAUUGAUAACCUGACUGGUAUGAACGAUUUGUUGAAUGCUGUUAUGAGUUUGCAACUACCAUUUGCAACAAUUCCAACUAUUGCCUUCACAAGCAAUGCGCAAAUAAUGGGAGAAUUUGUCAAUGGCAUAGCCAACAAAGUGGUUGCUAUAGCUUUAUCAUUAGUGGUUAUUGCAAUUAAUACAUUCUUUGUGGUGCACUCUGUGAUAUACGACAUUCCUCAUCAAUGGGGAAUAUGGAUUGCAAUAGCAGUGUUUGCAAUCUUUUACAUAAUUAUGUGCACAUACUUGAUACUACACAUGAUUGUCAGUAUGGGUAAUACAAGACUUGCUGAAUACCAGUUUGUAUCCAAGUAUAUAAAGUGUCCAGAAGCAACGGACUUUGGUCUUAGCACACAGAACUUUUCAAGCAGUAUAUCAUCAUUCACAAUACAGGAAGACACGCUGGAAACACCAAAGAAAUAGAAUACAUUAAUGGUAAACAGAAUUGUAGCCGUAACUUGGACAUGCAAGGGCUCAAGCUGUACCAAAUACUCAACUGAAGGUGGGCUUAAUAUCCUCAUCUGAAUGGAGAUGCAAGCAUUAUAGUCAUUUCUCAAUUUUUGCAGUAUGUGUGUUCCUGAACAGUGCUGUAUAAAUAAAGGUAUAAUUUCCCAUAAGGAGGUUCAAUUGCCAGUUGAUAAUAAUUAUUGGCAUUUAUUAAUUUAAAAUAUUUAUAUAAUUGCAUCUAAUGUUAUGUUUACAUUAGUGUAAAGAGCUUGUUUAAAUUCACUGGGAAUGAUUUCUUUGCAUCUUCAUCCCUUUUGUAGCUUUAUCUCGCUUUCUUUUUCGAUAUGUCAAGCAAGCGAACAUGAACACAUGGAACUGUGUUUCAUUUUAUACAGAUUUUAAUAGACCUUGCCUCCCUCACUUGCCAUCAUCUGCUAUGUUGUCACUUACUGACUGCAGAACCAUGUUAAAGCUAGAACUAAAAUGAGGAAGUACACAUUUUAAGAUGCAUAAAAGGAGAAAUGACUGCUGUGUGAAUUUAUAUAUUUGUAUUACAAGGGAUUCAGAGAAAAGGUUUAAUGUGACUAAAAUAUAUAGUGGAUUCUUAUUUAAUGUUUCUUAAGUGGACAUUGGAUUCAAAUAAUAAAGGGGAGAAGAACCUCUUACAUUGAGAUAAUGGAGUUGGGACUACAGAAAUUAAAUGAGUGAGGGAUAACAUAAAUUAAAGAACAUUAAAUUAAAUGCAUAUUCCAUUUUAUUUAUGUCACAUUUUGACUACAUGAAAUGCCUUACACUUCAGUUACUUAAACAGUAAUUACAUUACAUAACAAAAACUGCAGCUUGAGCUACUGUUGUGUUAUUCUUGCUAAAACAAUGGGCGAUUCCUUUUAUUUACUGUAUUGAAUAUCUCCGCUGUUUAGAGGAAUACAUAUUAAGAUUUCAUGGGUUAAAAGGGUUUAGAUGCAAAUGUUUUCGUGCUUUUCAUUCACUGAUGUUUGGCUGCUUUAAUCAUGAAUGGAUAUUCAUAGCACAGCCUAAUAUUUAAAUUUGUGGCCAUCUCUACUUGUGCAGUAUCUGAAACAGUAAAAAUCACUUUAUGAAUAUUUAAGAAACUAACAGGCUUCAACCAAAUAUGGAGACAAAACAGUGAUGAAAGUUACAUCUCAUCAUGAUAGAGUGUAAGACAGUAUAAUCAAGAUGUUAUUACAUAUGCUUAUCAUAAAUGCUUGCAAGAUGUCCUAGCUUCCAUUCUGUUUCUAUCAAUACCAAAAUCAUAACUAUUAUUUGAAGAAGCUUUACUUCUACUAAUUAUUUUAAAGGUUCUUAAAGAAGUGUGAUUACCAUGAUAAAAAGAGACAUUAAAUAAGACCACCUUUGCUGAUUGCUUAGUGAUCCCAGGGAUUAAUAUGUGCACCUGCAGGUGAUCAUUAUUUAAAGUUCAUCAUAAAAUAGCCCUGAAAUAGAAUUGAUUUUUAAUACUACAAAACUUGUUGACAAUUUUUUAGGUAUUAGUUAUAUACAGAAUUUUAAUACCUUUGUUUUGUAAUACAUAUUUUGAAAGUGUUCUAUUUGCAUUGUUCAUACAAAUUAUUUUUGUGAUUUUCAGACUGUUUAUUCAUGUGUAAUAUGCUUUUCUUUUAAAAACUGAAACUGGCAUUUUCGUAUAAUGGAAUGUCACUCUUGAUUCGUCAUUUUAUUAUUAUUAAUUUCUUUGAUGAUUGAUGGUGUUUAAAUCAACAGCGCUGUGAUAUUAAUUUAUGUAGCUGUACAUUUAAAUCAAAACUAUCUUAACAUUAUUAUUAAUCAAUGGGGAUUUUCUUACCAUGCCUUGUUUACACUUGGAAUGUCUUACCAGCUGCAUUUAGUGUUCAGAAGUAAAGAAAAAGGCUAUCUGAAUUCUACAUAAAGGCCAUCAUCAGAGCCGUAAGCACUUCUGAAAUAUUGGUCAGUGUCUAUGAGACUACAUGGUGCAACAUCCGGAAGUCAUCUUCAUACUCAUUGCCAUGAGAACCUGAGAGAUCACACCAUUUACAAACUGUUUAAAUUUUGGUAAUUAAUUAGAUUACAUUAUCAUCUUAACAUACUGCAUCAUUCUCACUAGACAAUAUGUAAACAGAAGCUAACCAUUUCCGAGUGUAUUCAGUGCUUAUUGUGCUAACAUAGAUUUUAUAUAAAAGCAAUCAUAAUCAAAGCUAUUAAGAUGGAAGGGGAAGUUAACUGAUUGGAACUUUAUCAGUGCCCAGAACUGGACAUAUGGCACACAGUAUCAAAGUUGAUCUGGAUUAUUAACACUGUAUGGACUUAUAGUAGGUAGAUACCAUCUUCAGCUCUGAAGAUGGAGACAGUACUUUCCCCAAAACUGGUAUCUUCCUACAAGUCAACUUGGUGUUCAAAACAGAUCACCAUCAUUGACAUCUUCACUGUUGUGAGAACCUCAAAUCUUACCUUACAACUAAAUUACAUUUUUUAAAGGAAUUACCUUUUGAUAUUAGAGAAAUUUGAUGCAUUCAGAUUGUACAAGUUAUUUGUUUAAAAGGAAAUGGGAAAUAUUCUCUGGGCAUUUCAAAUGCACUGUUUCCCAAGACAACUGAAACAUUUUGACCUCUCUCUUCUAUUAGAUCUCCAUUCUUUAACUUAUGGCAUCCUGUUACAAAAGCAAUCCAACUGAAAUUCUAUCCUUAUCUUGUUCAUAUUAAUCAAAAUACACCUUGCAUAUGAGUAUUACCCAUACAGAUUUCAGAUAUACAAAUUAAUCAAUCAGAAACACCUUCCAUCUGUUAAUGUAAUGUGUAUGAUAUAUUAGAUCUGUUCCAGGGGUAGAAUCCCCUAAUAGAUCUACAGUAUUGAAUGUUAAGACACUUGUAUAUGAAGGAAUAGAGAUCUGUUCCAGGGGUAGAAGCCCCUAAUAGAUCUACAGUAUUGAAUGUUAAGACACUUGUAUAUGAAGGAAUAGAGAUCUGUUCCAGGGGUAGGAGCCUCUAAUAGAUCUGACAAAAAUACUUUGCAGGAUUUGGAUUUAUUUAAGGAUUAGGAAUCCUUAAUACAUCUGGUUGUGAUGUCAUUGUUAUAUUUUAUAAGUGCAUUUAUAAGAUUCUCUAUCCAUCUUCAUCAAGUACAAGGAAGGGUGUUUACAGAUUAAAUAGUCUCAAUUCCAUUCUCAAAGGAAAGUACAGUUUUAGUUAAUGCAUAUAUUUUUGCCAAUGAAAACUAUGUAGAAUAACAACUAAAUGAUUUGUAAAUAAUUAACUGCCAUUACUUCCCAAAAUAUGAUGCACAAUUUUCUUCCCUCCAGAUAUUUCCUGAAAAUGCAUAUUCAAAGAUAUAAAUAUUUCAUUUAAAUAUUUCCAAAACUGUUUAACACAUUGAUAAUUGCUUACUGCAUUUAGAAACUGUUAAACAGAUUUUGUGUAACCUGUGUAAAGAAAAGUCUUCAAUUUCAGUCUUGAAAAUCAGAGUACACAUUUUAUUAGGGGACAUAGUAAAUGCAGACAAAUGCUGCAUGCCUUUAAAAUGUAAGGGUGUCAAUGCCAAGAUUUAAACUUUUCAACAUGACAUACUUACUCUUCAACUUCCAUAUCUUUAUUUAAUUUGUUUCUAGAGGGUAACAGAAGUAUUAUUCUUUGGGGCAGGAAGUCAUAAAUUUUGAGUUGUUUUCUUAUACAUGAGUCAGUCUGCUAACAUCAAGCUCUAGCAGUCCACAACUCUUACAUCUAUAUCUGCUGGUUCUUCCUGCUUACUGUGCAAUAUAUAUUUUAUAUCCACAAUUCUGUGCCAUCAUAGCCUUGACGUGUAUGUUACUGAUUUUAUCUCCCAUUAGAAGACCUCAAGGUUUAAGCUGUUUAUAUGAAAGGCCUGUUUCAGAUCAAGUGCCAAAUUGAAGAAUAAAUUCAAUUCAAAUACAUUAUUCCAUACUUAUACUUCAAAAUCCAAUAACACAUUCACUGUACAUGAUAAAAAUCCAGUAACAUAUUCAUUGUGCAUUAUAAGUUAUAUGUAUCAUCUUUUUAAAUAAUAAAUUCCAGUGUGUGUGUUUCUUAUUUGUUUUGAAAAUAAAUCAGUAGGUCAAUUAAUUCAAAGAGCUGAAACAUUAAUCGGCACUGCAAAGUAAAUUUAUCACAUAUGCUGGUGAGGUAACUUCAAGUGAAUGUCUUUCAUUGCAACAGCUAACACCAAGAGGUGAUUUUUAAUUUGUAAAUGAUAUUGACAUAAUUUUAUAGCUUUCUGACUGUAUACAGUAUCUUUAAAUGAUAAGGCAGCAUGUACUGAUGUAAUUAUGAAGCAAAUAAAAUUAUUGACGGGGAAA